AUGCGGAUGCGCUUAACCCAGAACAUUGACAAAGACAGGGGCUUUGUGAAUGGGAAUACCGGCACCGUUCGAGCCAUGCUGAGGUCCGAUGUCUUUCUUCUGCAGUCCGACCAAGGACUACCGAUUCUGGUGCACCCCGUGACACAGCAAGGACGUAAGUUCCUGCCAGUCUCGUAUGGUUGGGCCACAACCAUAAGACGCGCCCAGGGAGCCACUUUGGACAAGGUUGGGUUGUGGUUUGAUCGACGGCUUCCUGACCGAGGCUACGGCUACGUUGGUUUAUCCCGAGCCAAACGUCGACAAGACGUUUUUCUCCUCGGCCGUGUUCGCCGCACAGAUUGGCGAGCAGUUAACGGCGAGAACGAUAACUCGGAGCAGAACCAGGUGUCCGUGUUCAGCGAGAGCACCCACAGCAGCGAGGAGAUGGACAUCAUCGAAUCGAGCACUGAAACACAGUCACCACGUGGCAGCUCACCAACCGGAUCGACUUCAGAAGAGCCGAGCUUCGAGCCAUCGACCAACGAGGACUCCUCCGUCGACCCAUAUCGUUUGAUGGGCAGCCAAAGUGAUUGCGAUUUGUCUACCAGCAGCUAG